AUGUUCGGGGACCACAGGGUCCGAAACCGGGCACGUUCAGGGACCAACAGGGCGCAGGUGGGGAAGACGGGGUCAGGGCCCCGGGAGACCGCAAUCUGCAAGCGAGUUGCAGAAUCCCUGGUUCACCGAGCGGCGCGAGGGCCCGGAGCCGCGAGCAGCGCGCGCCACCAGGUGGCGCUGCCCCCUCCGCCAGGCGGGCCGCGGGGCGUGCGACAGGCCGGGGGCGGGGCUCCGAGGUCGGGGCGCCGUGACCGGCUCCCCGGCAGCCUCCGCCAGCCGGACCCCGCCGCGCUCCUGAUGCUGCUCGUGGACGCCGACCGGCCGGAGCCCGUGCGCAGCGGGGCGCGCGAGCUCGCGCUCUUCCUGACUCCCGAGCCCCGGGCUGAGGCGAAGGAGGUGGAGGAGACCAUCGAGGGGAUGCUCCUCAGGCUGGAAGAGUUUUGCAGCCUGACUGACAUGAUCAGGAGUGACACCUCACAGAUCUUGGAGGAAAACAUCCCGCUCCUUAAGGCCAAGGUGACAGAAAUGCGUGGCAUCUACGCCAAAGUGGACCAGCUGGAGGCCUUCGUCAAGAUGGUGGGGCAUCACGUCUCCUUCCUGGAAGACCACGUGCUUCAGGCUGAGAGGGACCACGGGGCCUUCUCACAGGCCCUGUGGAGGUGGCUGGGAUCCGCCAGGCUCCCCUCCUUCAGGAACAAACUGUCUACACCGACUCCCCCGACGUACAAGCUGCCCACAUUGUACAGGACCGAGGACUAUUUUCCUGUGGACACCGGGGAGGCAGCCCCCCAGACUCCCAGCUGCCAUCGGCGUCUGUGAGUGUCGUGGUCCUGCCAUCACGGACGUCGGCAAGCAAACCUGUACAGGGCAGCCUAGGUUUUUCUUUUUAAUGUAUUAUUUAUUGCUGUUGAUUUGUUGGCUGAAUUCCCCUUCUCAUGGGAGGCCACGGGGCUUGGAGAAGCAGUUGGAACCGCGCGUGGCAAUGCCUCAGGGAGGGGCUGGAGAAGGCAUUUCCCACAAGUGUUCGGCCUGCCUGGUGUUCUAGGAGGAGGUGGUCAGGUCUGACGAGUCACCGUGUCUGAGGGACAGGGAGCACUUUCUCUCUGAAGGGCUUUGCAUGGGAAUCGUGGGAGACUUACUUGGUGCCACCGGACUGUGUGUUUCCAGGUCCAUCCGUGUGGGAUGGUUUGUCCGCAAACCCCAGUGGCAGCUGGCCUGUGAAUUGUGUCAAUAAAGGUGUCAAAAGGUCA